CCCUGGCACAGAUUGUCCAGGAGGCUGUGGAUGCUCUGUCCCUGGAAGUGUGCACAUGAGUAAGUAAAGAGCUGCCUCUCCUGCAGUGCCCCUUGUCCCAGUGUGCUGUUUUCCCUUCCAGGACAUGUGCAGAUGUGCCAGUGGUGCAGCAGCACCGUCCCAGAGCUGUGAGGGCUGUGCCAGCUCCCCCAGUUUCCAUGAUCCUGAGAAAGAUGGAUCCAAGAGUCAUGGACAUAAUGGCAUAACUGGACAUGCAUGUUUUCAGGAUACUAAGGAGCUGGUUCCUGAAUCCUCUGUUCCUAUCCCAAGAAGGGGAAGCAAGGCAGGUGCUGGAGUGGAGGAGGAAUGCAGAACUCAGUGUCCGAGUGGGAAUGCUGCACUAAAGCAUCCAGGGCAGCAUCCUGCAGCUCCUGCAGAGCAGGGAAUGUGCCCGCCCCCAGCACUGGCUCAGCCUCUCCAGGGAGACAGAAAUGCAGCCACAGGUUCAGCUGCACAGGAGGAUGUUCCCCUGGAGACAGGGACACGCCUGCCCAGGAGGAGGCUGCAGCCUCCUCACCACCAGCGGGACCAGGAACUUGCUCUGGAGAUCGUGGCCAAAGACAGGUCUCUGGUGGACAUUCUCACGCCUCAUCCUGACAGAAAAACUGCUUUGGACCUGAUGGAGGGUUUGUUUCCUGUUAACAUUUCCAUGCUGGAUAAAUCACACAGGAAAAAGGGCAACGUGCAGCAUGUGCAGGAGAAUGAGAAAAGCCAUGGAGAUGGCCCAAAAGAAUGUCCUGAAUCUGAACAUGAAGCCGAGCGAAGGAGCAAAGAAUCUACCUCUGAGGGACACCAAGUCCUGACCAGGAGCAGGGACAGCACAAACGACCCAGAUGACAUCACAUCUAAGAAACUGGAGCUCAUGGCCAGCCUGCGGGCCAGGCUGCAGAGCCUGUGGGAGGAGCGGGAGCUGGUCCUGCAGGAAUCCCGGGAAUGCGCCGAGCGGGGCCAGGGGCUGCAGCACACCGUGAGGGACCUGUGCAAGCCCAACGAGUUCGAGCGCUACCUGAUGUUCAUCGGGGACCUGGAGAAGGUCGUGAGCCUCCUGCUGUGCCUGUCCAGCCGCCUGGCCCGCGUCCAGAACGCCAUGAGCAGGAUGGACGGCAGCACGGACACCGAGGAGAGGCACUCGCUGAGCCAGCGGCACAAGCUCCUGUCUCGGCAGCGGGAGGACGCAAAGGACCUGAAGGAGAACCUGGAUCGCAGGGAACGGGUGGUCUCUGGGAUCCUGGCCAAGUACCUGACGGAGCAGCAGCUCCAGGACUAUCGACACUUUGUUCAAGCCAAGACCUCCUUGCUGAUCGAACAGAAGGACCUCGAAGAGCAGAUUAGGUUUUUCGAAGAACAAUUAGAAACUCUUGAGCAAAGUCUCCCCCUCUAACGCCCGCCCCAGACCCUGGUGUUGGUGACCUGGCCCUGGAAACCCACAGGCACCCAUGGCUCAGGGCUCACGGGGUGAGUUCUUCCAACCCUGCUGGUGCCACAGCACUGGCAGGUGCUCAGAUGCUCUGGGGAUGCUCCAGGCACACCCUGGAUGUGUAUCCCACUUGGACAGGCCAGCUGACAGUGUCUCACAGUGUGCAGCAAACUGCCUUGGGGACAUGACUGAUAGGAUGUGUUGCUCCUAUUACCUUGGUGUGUAUUUACCCUUCUUUUUGUCUGUCCAUCUAUUCCCAGGUUGACACAAUCUCAAUAAAAGAACCAUACAAAUAUUUGCCUCCUG